AUGUCACCACCCAAACCCCUGUCCCGGAUCUCCGCCACGCGGCCCUGGGACCCUUGGAACUCGUCCGCAACUGGCCACCAGCGAGCAGAGACGCAGCCGGGCACGGGGUGGCGACACUCGCGGACCAGGAAGCUCAACAGCCAGUUCCGGGCCGGCGACGGCUCGGGCGGCGAGCGCUUGAGCGACACCUGGGGCGCCGGGGCAGAAGAUUCCGGCGUCGAUGGCUUUGGUAAGACGAAGAGUGCGAGUGGUAGAGGCAGUGACAGUGGCGAACAGGGAAGUCACAAGAGGAGCGUCGUGGACAUGCUGACUCGCCCGGGGCUGAUGCGUGAGACGCUGGAAUCAAGCCGGCCAAACGGGCCUGAAGCACGGGACAAGUCGACGGCAGGGACCCAUCUUACGGCAGAGGAUGCCUUGAUGCACCAGAGACGGCUGGAGGACGAGGAAGGGCAAAAGAAAUCCCAGGCCAACCCCCGCAAGCUGUUCGACGGAGUCACAGUCUACGUCAACGGGAGCACGUUUCCCCUGGUGUCCGACCACCGGCUCAAGCAGCUCGUCAGCGAGAAUGGCGGCAACAUGUCGCUGAACCUGGGCCGGCGAAAGGUCACGCAUGUUAUCCUUGGGCGGCCCAAUGGCUCGACAGGCGGCAGAGGAAACGGCGGUGGCCUCGCCGCGGGCAAGCUGGAAAAGGAAAUACGGAAAAUCGGGGGCUGCGGCGUCAAGUUUGUCAGCGUGGAAUGGGUUCUGCAGAGCAUCCAGGAGGGAAAGAGACUGCCCGAAGCGCGCUUCUCCAACCUCAAGAUGGCCGUAAAGGCACAAAACAGCGUCUAUGGGCUGUAUUCCAAGCGGGAAGCCACUUCUAAAACCACUCCCUCAGAUACCUCUUCUCAAUUACCGUAA